AUGCCUUUCUGGAGCAAGAGUCCUCCCCCUCAAGAAGAACAACCGUCCAAACCCCAGCCUCCUUCUUUUGCCAAUCUUCAUCCACAGGUGGCCACUGGUAGCAGUAACAAUAAGCACCAAGGAUUGGGCAUUGGUCGAGACUCUCAAGUUCCAGGUACGAGUAGUACUGCCGUCAUUACUACCAACGACCUCGACACCAAGGGAAACUCCAAGCUAUAUACAGACUGUAAGGCGGAAUAUCUUGCCAGCAUCAACUGUCGCUUGGAACACCACGACCACAAGACCACCAACGUCUGUCAGCCAUUUUUUGACGAGUACAAGGCCUGUCGCAAAGAAGAACACCAACGUAUUCUAGAAGAAAAUGCCAAGAGGUCAGGUUGGUAA